CGAUGAUCGAACCAAUAGUCAAUAGAGAAACAUGUCAACGAUCCGACCCGAGAAAAGCGGGUCGGAUUGAAAAUACCCGCACCGUCGGGUUUACGAUAGGAGAGACCAAGUGGCUCUCAUGGCACAAGCUUCUAUGAGGAUUUUUCAGUAAAUGGAUAGCCUGACACGAGAAAGCUGACCUCACUCGCUACUUGGGUUGAUUGUGUAAAUAUAUGAAAGUAUCGUCGUUGAGAAAUUGGGACUCUGAUCUGUUGCAGAAAGCCGAAAGCUUUGGUCUUUGGAGCUCUAACCUCUGCCUCUGGUAAAUUUUCUAUUUUUUCUUUAUGAUCGAUUUGGUUAUUGUUGAAAUCCAGAUCAAUUUUUGUUGAGAUGGGUUUAGUUGUUGUGAUGAUUGCUAAGUCUUCUCAGCUGCUUUUGUUUUCAUUUCUUACAUAUUACCCCCCAAAAAAAGGCUGUGUUUUUUCCAGGUUUAAGUGCAAUUGAGUUUGCUUCAAAGGGUUUACUUCUAAUUUUUAAUGUCUAAUUAUAGAAAUCUUGGAAGGUUCCUUUGGAUUUUGCUGUUAUGUAGUGAAAUUAGGUUCUGUUUCUUCCGCCGUAUAAGUUAACUUGGAUCUUUGUUCGUUGGACAAAAAUGGAAACAAAUCAUACUAUAAGGUCAUGGAAGAAAUAUUUAAAGGUUGUUUAUAGCAUCUGGCUCAACCCUCUAUACAAUACACAAAACUUCUGUUCGUACUUACAUAUAUCAGACUUAAGAUUCAAGCAAACAGUCAUCAAUUCAGUCAACUGUUAGAAACUUUAAGGUCAUUGCAUUUCAAAAGUUGUUUGUAAUUUGAGCUCUCUCUCUUUUCUUGAGUCUGAGGAUUUGAUUCAAAUCUCAACCUCUUCUUGUCUUCCAAGUCUGGCUUUAACACUGUUUGUAUGCAAACAGUUGCACAUGUCUUUGUUUACUUUGUUUUAGAUGCUUCUCUCAGUGUCAUCAGCAUUCAAGUGCGUUUUAAGUCAGUAACAAGAUGAAUACCUCUUGUUGGCAUCUUAAAUCACACGAAUUGUUCAUGUUAAAGAAGAAGUUUCAAAUUGUUUGUUGAUAUUGAAGAGAAUGAGAACUAUUUUCUAUGUUUACUUUAUUUUGCUAUUUUCAUUUUUUUCUUUCAGUUCCCUACUCUUAUCUGUCUUGUGAUUCCAAAUGCAGAACACACACAGAAUCUCCCAUGGCUGCAUUUGCAACGGCAGAAGCGUGUGACAGCAACGCAGAACUAAUAUCAAAUGGAGACUUACGCGCUCUUCACCCAAUCUUCAAGAUCUAUGGCCAAAGAAGAUGCUUCUCAGGACCAAUCGUGACUCUCAAGGUCUUUGAAGACAAUGUCCUCGUCAGAAACCAACUAGAAACGAAAGGAGAAGGCGGAGUCUUAGUUAUAGACGGUGGUGGAAGCAUGAGAUGCGCGCUUGUUGGAGGAAACCUCGGACAGUUAGCUCAGAACAACGGGUGGUCGGGGAUUGUUGUGAAUGGAUGCGUUAGAGAUGUGGAUGAGAUCAAUGACUGCGAUGUUGGGGUCAGGGCAUUGGGAUCUAACCCGUUGAAAUCUACUAAGAAAGGUCAUGGUGAGAAGAAUGUGCCGGUUCAUAUUGGAGGAACUUUGAUUAGAGAUGGAGAGUGGCUAUAUGCUGAUAGUGAUGGUAUCUUGAUCUCCAAGACCGAACUCUCUGUUUGAGUCAGAACGUUUCCGUGAUAGUGCUAAGAGACUACAGCUUCUUGGAGCAAGGUGGUUUAUUCGAAUUCUUAAGAAUCUGUUUAAUACUCCAAAUAAUCAUUUUUAUUACAAUAUACUUACGUUUUAUGAAAUUACAAAAUAAAAGUCUAUUUAGUUCAACAAGUUUGGAUCAUGUGAUAUGUAUAAGAAACUUUCAUUGAAUUGAAAGAGAUCAAUAAGUCAAAACAUGUGUAUCAGUGAAUACAUUAUACAACAAGGAUAUAAUUUCUAAAGAUGUUAUUUUCGUCUUCCAGCAUUGUAAUGAUUCUUGUACGAAUGGAUUUUAGUUAUUUUGAAAUUUAAU